UGACGUGAUCCAGGGGUCUGAACCUGGACGUUGGUCGAGGCUGACUAUAAAAAGCAUGGGCUGAGCAUUCAGAGUAUUGAUUCCAGGACUAGACACAGCAAACUAAGAUGUUGGGGCUACUUCUGGUACUUCUGCUCCCAGGUUGCCUCCCCCCUGGUGUAGCCGGCGGUGACACUGAGUCCAUUCAGCCCAGAAACCUCUUGCAGUUCCGCAAGUUGAUUAAAUGCACCAUCCCCGGCAGCAAACCGACGCGGACGUUCAACAACUACGGAUGUUACUGCGGGCUUGGUGGACAGGGGAAACCGGUGGAUGAUCUGGACAGGUGCUGUCAGACACACGACGAAUGUUAUGGCGCGGCUAAGAACAAGCACUGCAUAUUGCACAGGAACCCCAAAGUUGUGGGCUACAAGUUCACCUGUUCAAAAAAUACCGUGACUUGCGACAGUAAAAAUAAAAAAUGUGCGAAGAUUGCCUGUGAAUGUGAUCGCAAAGCGGCCGUUUGCUUUGCCAAAGCACAACCCACGUACAAUGAAGAAUACAAGGAUAUGGAUAAAUCCAGCUGUAAAUAG